AUGCCAGAGGAGACGCCAGAGGAGACGCCAGAGGAGACACCAGAGGAGACACCAGAGGAGACACCUGAGGAGACACCUGAGGGGACAUCUGAGGAGACAUCAGAGGAGGCACCAGAGGAGACACCAGAGGAGACACCUGAGGAGACAUCAGAUGAGGCACCAGAGGAGACACCAGAGGAGACAUCUGAGGAGACAUCUGAGGAGACAUCAGAGGAGACAUCAGAGGAGGCACCAGAGGAGACAUUAGAGGAGACAUUAGAGGAGACAUGA